UCUUACAAUUGGCGGUAGUUCGACAAAUUUUUCCAAUUCGGGUUUGACGAUAGAUGCCAUUUAAUAUAAAACGUUGAAAAUAAUAAUUUAACUUCCGGAAAAAAUACAAUACAAUCACAAAUAUACGUAUGUGCGUCAGUUUUGUAGUUUUUCAAAUAUUUUGAUAGAACAAUUAUUCAUUGUUAUUACAUCAAAGGGUUGUGGAUUAGCAAUAUGGUCUCGUGUCAUAAUUUCAAUAACUAUAUAUCGAUUGCUACUAUUAGUUUAAAUGCAAUUCUGAUCGCGGCUGUGCCUUCUGAGCUUAAAUUAGUUAAUGUGGUAUUUAGACAUGGCGAUCGAACACCCGAUAAUAAUGGUCGCGAAAUGUUUCCAAAUGAUCCAUAUGUAAAUUAUUCUUUCUAUCCGACAGGCCUCGGCCAAUUGACCACAGAGGGCAAGAAACACGAAUAUAGAUUGGGAAAAUUUUUGCGCUCUAGAUAUAAUGACUUUCUUGGUAGUUUAUAUGUGCCAAAACUUCUCGUAGCUCGUAGUUCGGAUUUUGAGAGAACAAAAAUGUCUCUACAACUUGUUCUUGCUAGUUUGUUCCCACCGAGAAAUGUACAACGAUGGAAUCCUCUUUUAAAUUGGCAACCAAUCCCGACAUUAUACGCUCCACGUGUUGAUGACAAUAUUAUUCUUCCAGAUGAGUGUCCACAAUUCCUCGAGGAAUACAAUCGAAUACUGAACUCGCCUGAAGGGCAAGCAAAGAUUGAUCAGUUCAAGGACUUGAUGGGCAAUUUGACGAGAUUAACUGGCAAGAACAUACAGACGCUAGAGGAUCUUUACUUUCUUUAUCACACUUUCAUAGCCGAAUCUUCUUUAGGAUUGCCUCUUCCUGAAUGGGCAUAUGACUAUUUUCCUUAUGGCCCAUUAUUUGAUGGAAUUGUAGCUUCAUAUAAUAUUAGUAACUUUACUCCUUUAAUAAGGAGAUUAUACGCUGGUCCAAUGAUCCGUGCCAUGACAGACAGUAUGAUAGCUGCACAAAAUCCAAAUGCUGCGCCGAAUACGAGGAUUUACUUAUACAGUGGUCAUGAGACCAACAUUGCAGGUAUGUUGCACGCGUUUGGUGUGUAUAAACCGCAUGUACCUGAGUAUUCUAGCGCAGUUAUUUUGGAAUUGCAACAGAUCCAGCAAGAGUAUUAUGUGAAGCUCGUAUAUUAUCGGGGCAUUCCACCAACUAUCAAAGAUCUUACAAUCCCAGGUUGUGACACACUGUGUCCUUUCGAUAAAUAUCUGGAUUUAAUUGACGACUUAAUCCCGUCUGACGAGGAGAUGAUUUGCGACAAGAGACAGACUCCGAGUUACGCUGGCACGGAAUAUCCUGCCGGUUUGCAGAAUAUUUUGGAGAAUUUAAUUAAGAGAUCAGCAAUCGAGAAGAGCGUUUAGUGAUGAUAUACAUGCCAUAAUAAUUAACAUGUCUAUAAAAUCAUAUGCAUUCUGCCAUAAAUAUUAUGAUAAGAUUUUUUCAUGGAAUCAUUCUUUUUCAUGUUUAUUUAUUUAAUCGCUAUUAAAUAUACUACGCAUUAAAAUUAAAGGAUUACUUUUAAUCGUACGAAAUAUACCUAGAAUUG